CUGAUUGGAUCAAGAUUGGAGAUCUGAAUGACAAAAGUUGUCAUCUUUUUGUAAACCUUCAAUCAAAAGGCUUACAAGGGGGAGGUCGAUUUGGACAAACGACUCCACCACUUGUUGAUUUUCUCAAGGACAUUUUAAGAAGGUAUCCUGAAGGAGGACAGAUUCUUAAGGAAUUAAUUCAGAAUGCAGAAGAUGCUGGGGCUACAGAAGUUAAAUUUCUAUAUGAUGAAACCCAAUAUGGAACAGAGACACUUUGGUCGAAAGAUAUGGCGCAAUAUCAGGGGGCUGCUCUCUAUGUGUACAACAAUGCAGUGUUCACCCCGGAGGACUGGCAUGGCAUUCAGGAAAUAGCACGAAGCAGGAAAAAAGAUGACCCCUUGAAGGUUGGAAGAUUUGGAAUUGGGUUUAAUUCUGUCUACCACAUAACAGAUGUUCCGUGUAUUUUCAGUGGUGACCAGAUCGGGAUGUUAGAUCCUCAUCAAACACUUUUUGGCCCCCAAGAAUCAGGCCAGUGUUGGCAACUGAAAGAUGACAGCAAAGAAAUUAGUGAGCUUUCUGACCAGUUUGCACCCUUUAUUGGUGUCUUUGGAAGCACCAAGGAGACGUUUAUAAAUGGCAAUUUUCCAGGAACAUUUUUUCGUUUCCCUCUUCGCCUACAACCUUCACAGCUUAGUAGCAACCUCUAUAAUAAGCAGAAGGUUCUUGAGCUGUUUGAGUCUUUCAGGGCAGAUGCAGACACAGUCCUGCUCUUUCUGAAAAGUGUGCAAGAUGUCUCUUUACAUGUUCGAGAGUCUGAUGGGACAGAGAAACUGUUGUUCAGAGUAACUUCGAGUGAGAAUAAGGCCCUGAAACAUGAAAGGCCAAAUUCUAUAAAGAUUCUUGGAACUGCUAUAAGUAACUACUGUAAAAAGAUCCCAAGCAAUAGCAUCACCUGUGUAACGUAUCAUAUAAAUAUAAUUUUGGAAGAUGAGGGUACUAAGGAUGCACAGAAGACAUCUUGGUUGGUGUGUAACAGUGUGGGUGGGCGAGGGAUUAGUAGUAAACUUGACUCUUUAGCUGAUGACUUGAAAUUUGUCCCAGUUAUUGGAAUUGCCAUGUCUUUAUCAGACAAAGAUGAUGAAGAAAAAGGAGCAGUGUCUGAUUUCUCAGGAAAAGCAUUUUGUUUUCUUCCUUUGCCACCUGGUGAGGAGAGCAGAACAGGGCUUCCAGUUCACAUCAGUGGAUUCUUUGGCCUGACUGACAAUCGUAGGAGCAUAAAAUGGAGAGAGUUGGACCAGUGGAGAGAUCCUGCGGCCUUAUGGAAUGAAUUUCUCAUUGUGAAUGUUGUCCCCAAAGCUUAUGCUACACUGAUCUUAGAUUCCAUAAAACGACUGGAAACAGAAAAGAGCUCUGAUUUCCCCUUGUCAGUUGACCUCAUCUACAAGCUUUGGCCCGAGGCUAGCAAAGUGAAGGUGCAUUGGCAGCCGGUGUUGGCACCCCUCUUUAGCGAACUCUUCCAGAAUGCUGUUAUUUACUCAGUCAGCAACGACUGGGUCAAGUUGGAGCAGGCAUACUUCUCUGAACUUGAUGAAAGUUUGGAAUACACAAAAUCUGUGCUCAGCUACCUCCAGAGCUCAGGGAAGCAGAUUGCCAAGCUACCACAAAAUCUGGCUGCUGCAGUUCAGCUCAAUGCUGCUGCCUCACCUGUUGCCACCCCCAUGAGGAAGGUGACACCCACUUGGGUGCGGCAGGUGCUGCGAAAGUGCGCACACGUGGGCAGCACAGAAGAAAAGCUCCACCUUCUAGAGUUCGUUCUUUCUGACCAAGCCUACAGUGAGCUCCUUGGGCUGGAGCUGCUACCUUUACAAAAUGGAAAUUUUAUACCCUUCUCCUCAUCUGUGUCAGACCAAGAUGUUGUUUAUAUUACCUCAGAACAGUAUCCAAGGUCCCUUUUCCCAGGUCUUGAAGGAAGAUUUAUUUUGGAUAACUUGAAGCCUCACCUUCUAGCUGCUUUAAAGGAAGCUGCCCAAACCCGAGCACAACAACUUCUUUGGGGAUAUUCAGGAAGACCAUGUACUCAGCUGCAGCUUUUAAAUCCAGAACGAUUUGCACGUCUUAUUAAAGAAGUAAUGAAUGCAUUCUGGCCUGGCAGAGAAUUGAUUGUUCAAUGGUAUCCAUUCAGUGAAGACAGAAAUCAACCAUCUGUUUCAUGGCUUAAGAUGGUUUGGAAGAAUCUCUAUAUACAUUUUUCAGAGGAUUUGACUUUAUUUGAUGAGAUGCCACUUAUUCCUAGAACUACACUAGAUGAAGAUCAGACAUGUGUGGAACUCAUUAGACUCAGGAUUCCAUCAUUAGUCAUUUUAGAAGAUGAAAUUGAAGCACAGCUUCCAGAAUUUUUAGCAGACAUUGUACAAAAACUUGGAGGGAUUGUCCUGAAAAAAUUAGAUGCCUCUAUACAGCAUCCACUCAUUAAAAAAUACAUUCAUCCACCAUUACCAACUGCUGUUUUGCACAUAAUGGAGAAGAUACCAUUGCAGAAGUUAUGUAAUCAAAUAGCUUCACUACUUCCAACACACAAAGAUGCUCUGAGGAAAUUCUUGGCUAGCUUAACUGAUAUCAGUGAAAAAGAGAAAAGAAUAAUUCAAGAAUUGACAAUAUUCAAACGAAUUAAUCACUCAUCUGAUCAGGGAAUUUCAUCUUAUACAAAAUUGAAAGGUUGUAGGGUCUUGCACCAUACUGCCAAGUUUCCAACAAACUUGCAACUUUCUAUUUCAGUAAUAGACAGUAGUGAUGAAGCUACAAUCCGCUUGGCAAAUAUGUUGAAAAUAGAGAAACUAAAGACAACUAGCUGCUUAAAGCUUGUUCUAAAAGAUCUUGAAAAUGCAUUUUAUUCACAUGAGGAGGUAACACACCUUAUGUUAUGGAUCCUUGAAAAUCUUUCUUCUCUUAAAAAUGAGAAUCCAAAUGUGCUUGAUUGGUUAAUGCCAUUAAAAUUCAUUCAGAUUUCACAGGAACAUAUGGUAUCAGCCAGUGAACUCUUUGAUCCUGAUAUAGAAAUACUAAAAGAUCUCUUUUUUGAUGAAGAAGAAAUGUGUUUUCCACCCUCAGUUUUUACCUCACCAGACAUUCUUCAUUCUUUAAGACAGAUUGGUUUAAAAAAUGAAGCCAGUCUUAAAGAGAAAGAUAUUGUGCAAGUGGCAAAAAAAAUUGAAGCCUUACAGGCCAGUUCUUGUUCAGAUCAGGAUGUGCUAAAGAAAGCCAAAACACUCUUACUGGUUUUAAAUAAGAAUCAUACACUCUUGCAAUCCUGCGAAGGAAAGACAACAUUGAAGAAAAUAAAGUGGAUUCCAGCCUGCAAGGAAAGGCCUCCAAACUAUCCGGGUUCUUUAGUUUGGAAAGGAGAUCUCUGUAAUCUCUGUGCACCGCCAGAUAUGUGUGAUGUGGCCCAUGCAAUUCUAGUGGGCUCCUCACUUCCUCUUGUUGAAACUGUUCAUGUAAACUUGGAAAAAGCAUUAGGUAUUUUCACAAAACCUAGCAUCAGUGCUGUCUUAAAACAUUUUAAAAUUGUUGUUGAUUGGUAUACUUCCAAAACCUUUAGUGAUGAAGACUACUAUCAAUUUCAACAUAUUUUGCUUGAAAUUUAUGGAUUCAUGCAUGAUCAUUUGAAUGAAGGGAAAGAUUCUUUUAGGGCCUUAAAAUUUCCAUGGGUUUGGACUGGCAAAAAGUUUUGUUCUCUUGCCCAAGCUGUGAUAAAACCGGUCCACGAUCUGGAUCUUCAGCCUUAUUUACAUAAUGUGCCUAAAACCAUGGCAAAAUUUCACCAACUAUUUAAGGUCUGUGGUUCAGUAGAAGAGUUGACACCAGAUCAUAUUUCCAUGGUCAUUCAAAAGAUAUAUCUCAAAAGUGAUGAAGAUCUCAGUGAACAAGAAAGCAAACAGAAUCUUCAUCUUAUGUUGAAUAUUAUCAGAUGGCUAUAUAGUAAUCAAAUUCCAGCAAGCCCCAAUACACCUGUUCCUAUACAUCACAGCAAAAAUCCUUCUAAGCUUAUCAUGAAGCCGAUUCAUGAAUGUUGUUAUUGUGACAUCAAAGUUGAUGAUCUCAAUGACUUACUUGAAGAUUCAGUGGAACCAAUCAUUUUGGUGCAUGAGGACAUUCCCAUGAAAACUGCAGAAUGGCUGAAAGUCCCAUGUCUUAGUACAAGACUGAUCAAUCCUGAAAACAUGGGAUUUGAGCAGUCAGGACAAAGAGAACCACUUACUGUAAGAAUUAAAAAUAUUCUGGAAGAAUACCCUUCUGUCUCAGAUAUUUUUAAAGAACUACUUCAAAAUGCUGAUGAUGCAAAUGCAACAGAAUGCAGUUUCAUGAUUGAUAUGAGAAGAAAUAUGGACAUAAGAGAGAAUCUUCUAGACCCAGGGAUGGCAGCUUGCCAUGGACCUGCUUUGUGGUCAUUCAAUAAUUCUGAAUUCUCAGAUUCAGAUUUUGUUAACAUAACUAGGUUAGGAGAGUCUUUAAAAAGGGCAGAAGUUGACAAAGUUGGAAAGUUUGGUCUUGGAUUUAAUUCUGUGUACCAUAUCACUGACAUUCCCAUCAUUAUGAGCCGAGAAUUCAUGAUAAUGUUUGAUCCAAACAUAAACCACAUCAGUAAACAUAUUAAAGAUAAAUCUAAUCCUGGGAUCAAAAUCAACUGGAGUAAACAACAGAAAAGACUUAGGAAAUUUCCUAAUCAGUUUAAGCCAUUUAUAGAUGUAUUUGGCUGUCAGUUACCUUUGACUGUAGAAGCACCUUAUAGCUACAAUGGAACUCUUUUCCGACUAUCUUUUAGGACUCAGCAGGAAGCAAAAGUGAGUGAAGUUAGCAAUACCUGCUAUAAUACAGCAGAUAUUUAUUCCCUUGUGGAUGAAUUUAGUCUCUGUGGACACAGACUUAUCAUUUUCACUCAGAGUGUAAACUCAAUGUAUUUGAAGUACUUAAAGAUUGAGGAAACAGAUCCUAGCUUAGCACAAGAUACAAUAAUAAUUAAAAAGAAAUCUUGUUCUUCCAAAGUAUUGAAUGCACCUAUUUUAAGUGUUUUAAAAGAAGCUGCUAAGCUGAUGAAGACUUGCAACAGCAGUAAUAAAAAGCUUCCCAUGGAUGCACCAAAGGCAUCUUGUAUUCUUCAGAUCACAGUUGAAGAAUUUCACCAUGUGUUCAAAAGAAUUGCUGAUUUACAGUCACCACUGUUUAGAGGUCCAGAUGAUGACCCAGCUGCUCUCUUUGAAUUGGCUAAGUCUAGCCAAUCAAAAAAGCCAUCAGAUGAGUUGCCACAAAAAACUUUGGAUUCUACCACAUGGCUUAUAUGUUCUUGCAUGGAUACAGGAGAGGCUCUCAAGUUUUCCUUGAGUGAGAGUGGAAGAAGACUAGGGCUGGUUCCUUGUGGGGCAGUAGGAGUUCUGCUGUCUGAAACGCUGGACCAGAAGUGGACAGUGAAACCACACAAUGGAGAAGUAUUUUGCUAUUUACCUUUACGAAUAAAAACAGGUUUGCCAGUUCACAUCAAUGGAUGCUUUGCUGUUACUUCAAAUAGAAAAGAAAUCUGGAAGACAGAUACAAAAGGACAAUGGAAUACCACAUUUAUGAGACAUGUUAUUGUGAAAGCCUACUUACAGGCCCUCAGUGUCUUACGUGACCUGGCUAUUAGUGGGGAGCUGACUGAUUAUACUUACUAUGCAGCAUGGCCUGAUCCUGAUUUAAUUCAUGAUGACUUUUCUGUAAUUUGUCAAGGAUUUUAUGAAGAUAUAGCUCAUGGAAAAGGGAAAGACUUGACUAGAGUCUUCUCUGAUGGAUCCACUUGGGUUUCCAUGAAGAAUGUGAGAUUUCUAGAUGACUCAAUACUUCAGAGAAAAGAUGUAGGUCCAGCAGCUUUCAAGAUAUUUCUGAAAUACCUCAAAAAGACUGGGUCCAAAAACCUUUGUGCUGUCGAACUUCCUUCUUCAGUAAAAUUAGGAUUUGAAGAAGCUGGCUGCAAACAGAUACUGCUUGAAAAUACAUUUUCAGAAAAACAGUUUUUUUCAGAAGUGUUUUUUCCAAAUAUUCAAGAAAUUGAAGCAGGUCUUAGGGAUCCUUUGAUGAAUUUUGUUCUAAAUGAAAAAAUUGAUGAAUUCUCAGGAAUUCUUCGGGUUACUCCAUGUAUUCCUUGCUCUUUGGAGGGGCAUCCUUUGGUUUUACCAUCAAGAUUGAUCCACCCUGAAGGACGAGUUGCUAAGUUAUUUGACACUAUAGAUGGACGAUUCCCUUAUGGUUCUACUCAAGAUUACCUCAAUCCUAUUAUUUUGAUUAAACUAGUUCAGUUGGGUAUGGCAAAAGAUGAUAUUUUAUGGGAUGACAUGCUAGAACGUGCAGAGUCAGUAGCUGAAAUUAACAAAAGUGAUCAUCUUGCUGCUUGUCUAAGAAGUAGCAUCCUCUUAAGUCUUAUUGAUGAGAAACUAAAGAUAAGAGAUCCUAGAGCAAAGGACUUUGCCGCAAAGUAUCAAACAAUCCCCUUCCUUCCAUUUUUAACAAAGCCAGCAGGCUUUUCUUUGGAGUGGAAAGGUAACAGUUUUAAGCCUGAAACCAUGUUUGCAGCAACUGAUCUUUAUACAGCUGAAUAUCAAGAUGUAGUUUGUCUUUUGCAACCAGUUCUAAAUGAAAAUUCCCAUUCCUUCCGAGGUUGUGGUUCAGUUUCACUAGCUGUUAAAGAGUUUUUGGGAUUACUAAAGAAGCCAACAGUUGAUCUGGUUAUAAACCAGUUGAAAGAAGUUGCAAAAUCAGUUGACAAUGGAAUUACAUUAUACCAGGAGAAUAUCACCAAUGCUUGCUACAAAUAUCUUCAUGAAGCAAUGAUGCAAAAUGAACUAACUAAGAUAGCAAUUACUGAAAAGUUAAAACUCUUCAGCUUUAUUCUAGUUGAAAAUACAUACAUUGACUCAGAAAAAGUUUCUUUUCAUUUGAAUUUUGAAGCUGCUCCGUAUCUUUAUCAGUUGCCUAAUAAAUAUAAAAAUAAUUUCCGUGAACUCUUUGAAAGUGUGGGUGUGAGGCAGUCAUUUAUGGUUGAAGAUUUUGCCCUAGUUUUGGAAUCCAUUGAUCAAGAAAGAGGAAAGAAACAAAUAACAGAAGAGAAUUUUCAGCUUUGUCGACGAAUAAUCAGUGAAGGAAUAUGGAAUCUUAUUAGAGAAAAGAAACAAGAAUUUUGUGAGAAAAAUUAUGGGAAAAUAUUAUUGCCAGAUACAAAUUUUAUGCUUCUCCCUGCUAAAUCUUUAUGCUACAAUGAUUGUCCCUGGAUAAAAGUAAAGGAUACAACUGUAAAAUAUUGUCAUGCUGAUAUACCCAGGGAAGUAGCCGUGAAACUAGGAGCAAUACCAAAGAGACAUAAAGCCUUAGAAAGAUAUGCGUCCAACAUCUGUUUUACAACACUUGGAACAGAAUUUGGGCAGAAGGAAAAAUUGACUAGCAGAAUUAAGAGCAUUCUUAAUGCCUAUCCUUCAGAAAAGGAAAUGUUGAAAGAACUUCUUCAAAAUGCUGAUGAUGCUAAGGCCACAGAAAUUUGUUUUGUGUUUGAUCCUAGACAGCAUCCAGUUGAUAGAAUAUUUGAUGACAAGUGGGCCCCAUUGCAGGGGCCAGCACUUUGUGUGUAUAACAAUCAGCCUUUUACAGAAGAUGAUGUUAGAGGAAUUCAGAAUCUUGGAAAAGGUACCAAAGAAGGAAAUCCUUGUAAAACUGGACAGUAUGGAAUAGGAUUCAAUUCGGUGUAUCACAUUACAGACUGUCCGUCUUUUAUUUCUGGCAAUGACAUCCUGUGUAUUUUUGAUCCUCAUGCCAGAUAUGCACCAGGAGCCACAUCUGUUAGUCCUGGGCGCAUGUUUAGAGAUUUGGAUGCAGAUUUUAGAACACAAUUCUCAGAUGUUCUCGAUCUUUACCUGGGAACCCACUUUAAACUAGAUAAUUGCACAAUGUUUAGAUUUCCUCUUCGUAAUGCAGAAAUGGCAAAAGUUUCAGAAAUUACUUCAGUACCAUCAUCAGACAGAAUGGUCCAGAAUCUUUUAGACAAGCUGCGCUCAGAUGGGGCAGAACUUCUAAUGUUUCUUAAUCACAUGGAAAAAAUUUCUAUUUGUGAAAUCGAUAAAGGUACAGGAGCUCUAAAUGUAUUAUACUCAGUAAAGGGCAAAAUCACUGAUGGAGAUAGAUUGAAAAGGAAACAAUUUCAUGCAUCUGUAAUUGAUAGUGUUACUAAAAAGAGGCAGCUCAAAGACAUACCAGUUCAGCAGAUAACCUAUACUAUGGAUACUGAAGACUCUGAAGGAAAUCUUACCACAUGGCUGAUUUGUAAUAGGUCAGGAUUUUCAAGUAUGGAUAAAGUAUCUAAGAGUGUUAUUUCAGCUCACAAGAACCAGGAUAUUACUCUCUUCCCACGUGGUGGAGUAGCUGCCUGCAUUACUCACAACUAUAAAAAACCCCACAGAGCGUUCUGUUUUCUGCCUCUCUCUUUGGAAACAGGGUUGCCAUUUCAUGUAAAUGGCCACUUUGCACUAGAUUCAGCCAGAAGAAACCUGUGGCGUGAUGAUAAUGGGGUUGGUGUUCGAAGUGACUGGAAUAACAGUUUAAUGACAGGAUUGAUAGCUCCUGCCUAUGUUGAAUUACUAAUUCAAUUAAAAAAACGGUAUUUCCCUGGUUCUGAUCCAACACUGUCAGUUUUACAGAACACACCUAUUCAUGUAGUAAAGGACACGUUAAAGAAAUUUUUGUCAUUUUUCCCAGUUAACAGGCUUGAUCUACAGCCAGAUUUAUAUUGCCUAGUGAAAGCGCUUUAUAGUUGUAUUCAUGAAGAAAUGAAACGUCUUUUACCUGUUGUUCGGGCUCCAAAUAUUGAUGGCUCUGAUUUGCACUCUGCAGUCAUAAUAACUUGGAUUAAUAUGUCUACUUCAAGUAAAACUAGACCAUUUUUUGACAAUUUACUACAGGAUGAAUUACAGCACCUUAAAAAUGCAGAUUAUAAUAUCACAACACGUAAAACAGUAGCAGAGAAUGUCUAUAGGCUGAAACACCUACUUUUAGAAAUUGGUUUCAACUUAAUUUAUAACUGUGAUGAAACUGCUAAUCUUUACCAUUGCCUCAUCGAUGCAGAUAUUCCUGUUAGUUAUGUGACUCCUGCUGAUGUUAGAUCCUUUUUAAUGACUUUCUCCUCUCCUGAUACUAAUUGCAUGAUUGGGAAGCUGCCUUGUCGUUUGCAACAGACUAACCUAAAACUUUUUCAUAGUUUAAAACUUUUAGUUGAUUAUUGUUUUAAGGAUGCAGAAGAAAAUGAGAUUGAAGUUGAGGGACUACCCCUUCUUAUUACACUGGAUAAUGUUUUACAAACUUUUGAUGCAAAACGGCCCAAAUUUCUAACAACAUAUCAUGAAUUGAUUCCAUCCCGCAAAGACUUGUUUAUGAACACGUUGUAUUUGAAAUACAGUAGUAUUUUGUUGAACUGUAAAGUUGCAAAAGUGUUCGACAUUUCCAGCUUUGCUGACUUGUUAUCCUCUGUGUUGCCUCGUGAAUAUAAGACCAAAAGUUGUACAAAAUGGAAAGAUAAUUUUGCAAGUGAGUCUUGGCUUAAGAAUGCAUGGCAUUUUAUCAGUGAAUCUGUAGGUAUAAAAGAAGAUCAGGAAGAAACAAAACCAACAUUUGAUGUUGUUGUCGAUACCCUAAAAGACUGGGCAUUGCUUCCAGGAACAAAGUUUACUGUUUCAGCCAAUCAGCUUGUGGUACCUGAAGGUGAUGUCCUGCUUCCUCUAAGCCUUAUGCACAUUGUAGUUUUUCCAAAUGCCCAGAGUGAUAAAGUUUUUCAUGCUCUGAUGAAAGCUGGCUGUAUUCAGCUUGCUUUGAACAAAAUCUGCUCCAAAGACAAUGUGUUUGUUCCUCUCUUGUCGUGCCACACAGCAAACAUAGAAAGCCCCACAAGCAUUUUGAAGGCUGUACAUUACAUGGUGCAAACUUCAACAUUUAGAACUGAAAAACUAGUAGAAAGUGACUUUGAAUCACUUUUGAUGUAUUUCAAUUGCAAUUUGAAUCACUUGAUGUCUCAAGAUGACAUAAAAAUUUUAAAGUCAUUUCCAUGCUACAAAUCCAUCAGUGGCCGCUAUAUGAGCAUUGCCAAAUUUGGAACCUGCUUUGUCCUAACAAAAAGUAUACCCUCUGCUGAAGUGGAAAAAUGGACACAGUCAUCGUCUUCUGCAUUUCUUGGAGAAAAACUACAUUUAAAAGAAUUAUAUGAGGUGCUUGGUUGUGUGCCUGUAGAUGAUCUUGAGGUGUAUUUGAAACACCUAUUGCCAAAAAUUGAAAAUCUCUCUUAUGAUGCAAAAUUAGAACACUUGAUCUACCUUAAGAAUAGACUAUCAAGUGUUGAGGAAGUAUCAGAAAUUAAGGAACAACUUUUUGAAAAACUAGAAAGUUUAUUGAUCAUCCAUGAUGCUAACGGUCGACUAAAGCAGGCAAAGCACUUCUAUGAUAGAACUGUGAGAGUUUUUGAAGUUAUGCUGCCUGAAAAAUUGUUUAUUCCUAUGGACUUCUUUAAAAAAUUGGAACAACUUAUAAAACCUAAAAACCAGGCUGCAUUUAUGACAUCCUGGGUGGAAUUCUUAAGAAAUAUUGGACUAAAAUACAUACUUUCUCAGCAGCAGUUGUUACAGUUUGCUAAGGAAAUUAGUAUGAGAGCUAAUACUGAAAACUGGUCCAAAGAAACAUUACAAAAUACAGUUGAUAUCCUUCUCCAUCAUAUAUUCCAAGAGCGAAUGGAUUUAUUAUCUGGAAAUUUUCUGAAAGAAUUGUCUUUAAUACCAUUCUUGUGUCCUGAGCGGGCCCCUGCUGAAUAUAUUAGAUUUCAUCCUCAGUAUCAAGAGGUAAACCGUACACUUCCUCUUAUAAAGUUCAAUGGAGCACAAGUAAAUCCAAAAUUUAAGCAAUGUGAUGUUCUUCAGCUGUUAUGGACAUCCUGCCCUAUUCUUCCAGAGAAAGCCACACCUUUGAUUAUCAAAGAACAAGAAGGUAGUGACCUUGGUCCACAAGAACAGCUUGAACAAGUUUUAAAUAUGCUUAAUGUUAACCUGGAUCCCCCCGUUGAUAAAGUCAUUAAUAAUUGCAGAAAUAUAUGCAGCAUAACAACUUUGGAUGAAGAAAUGGUGAAAACUAGAGCAAAAGUCUUAAGGAGCAUAUAUGAAUUUCUCAGUGCAGAAAAAGGGGAGUUUCGUUUUCAAUUACGAGGGAUUGCUUUUGUAAUGGUAGAAGAUGGCUGGAAACUUCUGAAACCUGAGGAGGUAGUGAUAAACCUGGAAUAUGAAUCUGAUUUUAAACCUUAUUUGUACAAGCUGCCUUUGGAGCUUGGCACAUUUCAUCAGUUAUUCAAACAUUUGGGUACUGAAGAUAUUAUUUCAACUAAGCAAUAUGUUGAAGUGUUGAGCCGCAUAUUCAAAAACUCUGAAGGCAAACAAUUAGAUCCUAAUGAAAUGCGUACAGUUAAGAGAGUCGUUUCUGGUCUAUUCAAGAGUCUACAGAAUGACUCAGUCAAAGUGAGGAGUGAUCUUGAGAAUGUUCGAGACCUUGCACUGUACCUUCCUAGCCAGGAUGGCAGGUUGGUAAAGUCAAGUAUCCUGGUCUUCGAUGAUGCGCCCCAUUAUAAAAGUAGGAUUCAGGGGAAUAUUGGUGUGCAAAUGUUGGUGGAUCUUAGCCAGUGCUACUUAGGGAAAGAUCAUGGAUUUCAUACUAAGUUGAUAAUGCUCUUUCCUCAAAAGCUUAGACCUCGUCUACUGAGCAGUAUACUGGAAGAACAGUUAGAUGAAGAAACGCCCAAAGUUUGUCAGUUUGGAGCAUUGUGUUCUCUUCAGGGAAGAUUACAGUUACUCUUGUCUUCUGAACAGUUCAUCACAGGACUAAUUAGGAUUAUGAAACAUGAAAAUGAUAAUGCUUUCCUAGCCAAUGAAGAAAAAGCCAUAAGACUUUGCAAAGCUCUAAGAGAAGGAUUAAAAGUGUCCUGUUUUGAAAAGCUCCAGACAACAUUAAGAGUUAAAGGUUUUAAUCCCAUUCCCCACAGCAGAAGUGAAACUUUUGCCUUUCUGAAGAGAUUUGGUAAUGCAGUCAUCCUGCUCUACAUUCAACAUUCAGACAGUAAAGACAUUAACUUCCUUUUAGCAUUGGCAAUGACACUGAAAUCAGCAACUGACAAUUUGAUAUCUGACACUUCGUAUUUAAUUGCUAUGUUGGGUUGCAAUGACAUUUAUAGGAUCAGUGAGAAACUGGACAGUUUAGGAGUGAAAUAUGACUCUUCAGAGCCAUCAAAACUGGAACUUCCGAUGCCUGGCACACCCAUACCUUCCGAGAUUCAUUAUACUCUGCUUAUGGAUCCCAUGAAUGUUUUCUAUCCUGGAGAAUAUGUUGGGUACCUCGUGGAUGCUGAAGGUGGUGAUAUCUAUGGGUCAUAUCAGCCAACAUACACAUAUGCAAUCAUCGUGCAAGAGGUUGAAAGAGAAGACACUGACAAUUCUAGUUUUCUAGGAAAGAUAUAUCAGAUUGAUAUUGGCUAUAGUGAAUAUAAAAUAGUCAGCUCUCUUGAUUUGUAUAAGUUUUCAAGGCCUGAUGAGAGCUCUCAAAGCAGAGAUAGUGCUCCUUCCACACCAACCAGCCCCACAGAAUUCCUUGCCCCUGGUCUGAGAAGCAUUCCUCCCCUUUUCUCUGGUAGAGAGGGCCACAAGACUUCAUCCUCAAAACAUCAUUCCCCCCAAAGGCUGAAAGUUAACUCUUUACCAGAAAUCUUAAAAGAAGUGACAUCAGUGGUGGAGCAAGCUUGGAAGCUUCCAGAAUCAGAACGAAAAAAGAUUAUUAGACGGUUGUAUUUAAAGUGGCACCCUGACAAAAAUCCAGAGAACCAUGACAUUGCAAAUGAAGUGUUUAAACAUUUGCAGAACGAAAUCAGCAGAUUAGAAAAACAGGCUUUUCUAGAUCAAAAUGCUGACAGAGCCUCCAGACGACCAUUUUCAACAUCUGCAUCUCGAUUUCAGUCAGACAAGUACUCUUUUCAAAGAUUUUAUACUUCAUGGAAUCAAGAAGCAACAAGCCAUAAAUCUGAAAGGCAACAACAAAAUAAAGAAAAAUGCCCUCCUUCAGCUGGACAGACUUACUCUCAAAGAUUCUUUGUUCCUCCUACAUUCAAGUCAGUUGGGAAUCCAGUUGAAGCACGGAGAUGGUUGAGACAAGCCAGAGCAAAUUUUUCAGCUGCUAGGAAUGACCUUCAUAAAAAUGCCAAUGAAUGGGUGUGCUUUAAGUGUUACCUUUCUACCAAGUUAGCCUUGAUUGCAGCUGACUAUGCUGUGAGGGGAAAGUCUGAUAAAGAUGUAAAGCCAACUGCACUGGCACAGAAAAUAGAGGAAUAUAGUCAGCAACUUGAAGGACUGACGAAUGAUGUUCAUACACUGGAAGCUUAUGGUGUAGACAGUUUAAAGACAAGAUACCCUGAUUUGCUUCCUUUCCCACAGAUCCCAAAUGACAGAUUCACUUCUGAGGUUGCUAUGAGAGUGAUGGAAUGUACUGCCUGUAUCAUAAUAAAGCUUGAAAAUUUUAUACAACAGAAGGCGUGAAAGUAAAGGCAAAAAGCAGAGCCAGAAGUUGAAUGUGUUGUAGCACAAAUAUGAAUUGCUAUACUUCAUUAAGCUUCAUUGCCAGUUAUCUAGGAAUGGUGAAGCACAUUGUAAAUCAUUCUGGAAGACUUUUGGAGUUGUUAUUAAUAUGCAUACCAACAGAAAACCUUGACUGAAUCUAAAAGAGUUAUUUUGAAGAUAGUAAUGAACUGCAAAAUUGGUAGAUGUAUUUGAAGGAGAUGAUGGCACAUUAUUUAAUUGCACUUUAUAUAACCAAAGCUUAGCAGUUUGUUAGAUAAGAGUCUGUAAUGUCUCUAGUUAGGAUGAAGUUUAUUUUAUGUUUUAAAAAUAUUUUGAAGAAGUUAAUGAAAUACUGGACAUAUCAUUGGUUUGAACAUAUAAGGGGAAUUAAGUCAUUGGAGUUUUAUCAUUUUUUUAAAGUUGAUCCUCUUGGAUGCAUUUUUUUUUAUCACUUGGGUCUGAUUAUGAAUUUGUUGCAGUUUUACAUCUUACUCGGUACAUUUAAACUGGUACAGUAUUUUAGUCCUAUUACUUGAUGAAGAAUAUGAAGGUAGUACUUAGAGUGCACUGUACAUCUUUAUUUUAAAUAUUUUUUAUACCUUAUGUUUACAGGCUUCCUAUGUCAUGAAGAUAACAUAUAGAAAAUGACAUGAUGGCAGUUCUCAUUACUAGAUGUUAUUAUUGUUUCUAAAAACUGCAUACCGAAAUGCAUUUAGCAACAGUUAGAACAUUUGCUUUGUUUGUGUGUACAUAUUUUCUGCAGUUGUCCUUAUUUAUAUAGUGUGGUUGAACAGAAUACAAUUUUUUGUUGUCUAAAGGUGCUGUAGUUAAAAACCUCUCAAUAGUGGCACUUAGUAAGAUUUUUGGAUUUUACUUUAAAAACAUUAAAACUUGUUAAAAUCAUCAGAGUAAUUUUCAAGUUUAUGAAAGGGGAACUAUCAGCUUCAUUUUCCCAUGAAAGAGUCAGAAGUAAUAUUUAAUUUUCAUCAUAUUUAAGUGUCCUACCAUACUUAUUUAGUUUAUUUCUUUUGCAGAAUAUCAAAAUAAUGAGUAAUAAUUAGUUUAUGUAAGUGUACUGGCUGUAAAUGAUGCUAAAUAUAAUAUUUUAUGCAAUUAAGGGCUUACAGACCAUGGAACUUUUUUACUUUUAUUGAUAAUAAGGAAUAAUUGCACCUUCGCACUUGUUUUGCUUUUGGAUGUGAAAUCAUGUAAUUAUUUCUGCUGUUAUAUUAAGUGCCA